AAUACGUACACCAAUGCAGACAAGCUUUUGGAGGCUGCAGAGCAGUUGGCUCAGACUGGGGAAUGUGACCCUGAAGAGAUCUAUAAAGCAGCCCGGCAUCUGGAAGUACGAAUUCAGGACUUUGUUCGGAGGGUGGAACAGAGGAAACUUCUCUUGGACAUGUCAGUCUCCUUCCAUACCCACACCAAAGAGCUGUGGACAUGGAUGGAAGAUCUGCAAAAGGAGCUCUUAGAGGAUGUCUGUGCUGACUCUGUGGAUGCUGUUCAGGAGCUUAUCAAGCAGUUUCAGCAGCAACAAACAGCCACCUUGGAUGCCACCCUCAAUGUUAUUAAAGAAGGGGAAGAUCUAAUCCAACAGCUCAGGGACUCCGCCGUUUCCAACAAUAAGACUCCACACAAUAGCUCCAUCAGCCACAUUGAAUCUGUCCUUCAGCAGCUCGACGAGGCCCAGGUACAGAUGGAAGAGCUCUUCCAUGAGAGGAAGAUUAAGCUAGACAUUUUCCUUCAGCUUCGGAUCUUUGAACAGUACACCAUCGAGGUUACAGCGGAGUUAGAUGCCUGGAAUGAAGAUCUGCUGAGGCAGAUGAAUGAUUUCAACACCGAAGACCUGACUCUGGCUGAGCAGCGUUUGCAGCGUCACACCGAGCGGAAGUUGGCAAUGAACAACAUGACUUUUGAAGUCAUCCAGCAAGGGCAAGAUUUACACCAGUACAUCAUGGAGGUCCAGGCUUCAGGCAUUGAGCUGAUCUGUGAAAAAGACAUUGAUCUUGCAACACAGGUUCAAGAACUGCUGGAAUUCCUUCAUGAGAAACAGCAUGAGCUGGAGCUUAAUGCUGACCAGACUCACAAGAGGCUAGAGCAGUGCCUACAGCUCCGGCACCUACAGGCUGAAGUCAAGCAGGUGCUUGGCUGGAUCCGGAAUGGUGAAUCAAUGCUGAACGCAAGCCUUGUCAAUGCAAGCUCCCUCUCUGAAGCUGAGCAGCUCCAGCGAGAGCAUGAGCAGUUUCAGCUGGCCAUAGAGAAGACACACCAGAGUGCCCUGCAGGUCCAGCAGAAAGCUGAAGUGCUGCUGCAGGCGGGGCAUUACGAUGCCGAUGCUAUCAGAGAGUGUGCUGAGAAGGUGGCCCUGCACUGGCAGCAGCUGAUGCUGAAGAUGGAGGACAGGCUCAAACUUGUCAAUGCCUCGGUGGCCUUCUAUAAAACCUCUGAGCAGGUGUGCAGCGUAUUAGAGAGCUUGGAACAAGAAUACAGAAGGGAUGAAGACUGGUGUGGAGGUCGAGAUAAACUUGGACCAGCAGCUGAGAUAGACCACGUCAUCCCUCUGAUCAGCAAACAUCUGGAACAGAAGGAGGCUUUUCUCAAGGCCUGUACGCUGGCACGAAGGAAUGCUGAGGUUUUCCUCAAGUACAUCCACCGGAACAACGUCAGCAUGCCUGGAGUAGCAAGCCAUACAAGGGGGCCCGAGCAGCAAGUGAAAGCUAUUCUGAGCGAGCUGCUGCAGAGGGAGAACCGCGUCCUUCACUUCUGGACCCUGAAGAAGCGAAGAUUAGAUCAGUGCCAACAAUAUGUUGUCUUUGAGCGCAGUGCCAAGCAGGCCUUAGACUGGAUCCAAGAAACAGGCGAAUAUUACCUCUCUACUCACAACUCCACAGGGGAGUCAACAGAAGAAACUCAGGAACUCCUGAAGGAAUAUGGGGAAUUCAGAGUACCUGCCAAGCAAACAAAGGAGAAGGUGAAGCUCCUCAUCCAGCUGGCUGACAGCUUUGUAGAAAAAGGACAUAUACACGCCACUGAAAUUAGGAAGUGGGUCACCACCGUUGACAAACGCUACCGCGACUUCUCUCUCAGGAUGGGGAAAUACCGCUACUCCCUGGAAAAAGCCCUUGGAAUCAAUACAGAGUCUGGAAAGGAUAACAAGGACCUAGAACUAGAUAUUAUUCCAGCAAGUCUUUCAGACCGGGAGGUAAAGCUGCGAGAUGCGAAUCAUGAAGUCAAUGAAGAAAAGAGAAAGUCUGCCAGAAAGAAAGAAUUCAUUAUGGCUGAGCUGCUUCAGACAGAAAAAGCUUACGUCAGGGAUUUACACGAAUGUUUAGAGACUUACCUUUGGGAAAUGACAAGUGGAGUGGAAGAAAUACCCGCUGGGAUCCUUAAUAAAGAACACAUCAUCUUUGGAAAUAUUCAGGAGAUAUAUGACUUUCAUAACAACAUUUUUCUGAAAGAACUGGAGAAAUACGAGCAACUGCCUGAGGAUGUGGGCCACUGCUUCGUCACCUGGGCAGAUAAAUUUCAGAUGUAUGUCACCUACUGCAAAAACAAGCCUGACUCCAGCCAGCUCAUCCUGGAACAUGCGGGGACUUUCUUUGAUGAAAUUCAGCAAAGACACGGUCUGGCCAACUCUAUCUCUUCUUAUUUAAUCAAGCCUGUCCAGAGGAUCACAAAAUAUCAACUCCUACUGAAGGAACUGCUAACCUGCUGCGAGGAGGGCAAAGGGGAACUCAAAGAUGGUCUGGAAGUGAUGCUCAGCGUCCCGAAGAAGGCCAACGACGCAAUGCACGUCAGCAUGCUGGAAGGGUUUGAUGAGAACCUGGAUGUCCAGGGAGAGCUGAUUCUUCAGGAUUCCUUCCAAGUGUGGGAUCCCAAGUCUCUCAUUCGGAAAGGCCGUGAAAGGCAUUUGUUUCUCUUUGAAAUCUCUUUGGUGUUUAGCAAAGAGAUCAAAGAUUCUUCAGGACACACAAAAUAUGUUUACAAGAACAAGUUACUGACCUCAGAACUGGGAGUGACUGAACAUGUUGAAGGAGAUCCCUGUAAAUUUGCUUUGUGGUCUGGACGAACACCAUCCUCAGACAAUAAAACAGUGUUGAAAGCGUCCAGUAUUGAAACAAAACAGGAAUGGAUCAAAAAUAUCCGAGAAGUCAUUCAAGAAAGGAUUAUCCAUCUGAAAGGAGCUCUGAAAGAGCCAAUUCAGCUCCCCAAGACACCAGCAAAGCAGCGAAACAACAGCAGAAGAGAUGGAGUAGAUGACGCAGACAGCCAAGGAGAUGGUAGCAGUCAACCUGACACCAUUUCCAUUGCAUCCAGGACGUCGCAGAACACAGUGGACAGCGAUAAGUUGUCUGGAGGGUGUGAACUAACCGUGGUGCUCCAGGACUUCACAGCGGGCCACAGCAGCGAGCUGAGCAUUCAGGUGGGGCAGACGGUGGAGCUGCUGGAGCGGCCGAGUGAAAGGCCAGGCUGGUGCUUGGUCCGGACCACGGAGCGGAACCCGCCACAGGAGGGUCUGGUCCCCAGCAGCGCGCUCUGCAUUUCCCAUUCCCGCAGCAGCGUGGAGAUGGAUUGCUUCUUCCCUUCAGGAAAAG